ACAAUUGUCAACACAGUGUGUUUGUGACAGUUUAACAUAUUGAAAAGACUGGCAUUGUAGAAUGAGUGGUCAUGUUGGUGACCUAAAUGAGAAACAAACAAUAGCAUUACAGAAAUUCAAAGAAGCAGUUUCAGAUUUACUAUGUCCAGAACAAGAUGAUUUCUACCUACUGAGAUGGCUAAGAGCCAGAAAUUUUGAUUUGAAGAAGUCUGAAAUCAUGUUUAGAAAUCACAUCGAAUGGAGGAAGAAAGUGUCUGCAGAUAAGAUUUUACAGGAUUACACAGAACCUGAAGUUUUAAAGAAAUUCUUCACAGGAGGUCUGCAUGGGUUUAGUAAAGAUGGCUGCCCAAUCUGGAUUGAUCCAUUUGGAAAUAUUGAUUUAAAAGGUUUAUUGAGAUCAGCCAAAAAAUCGGAUGCUGUUCUGAGUAAAGUUUAUAUACUGGAGAAGUUAUAUAAUGUGACAUUCAAAGAACAAACACAAAAGGUUGGGACCAGAGUAGACCAAGUAGUAGUUAUAUAUGAUUUAGAGAACUGCAGCAGAAGACAUUUAUGGAAACCUGGUCUUGAUUGUUUCUGUGAAAUAGUUUCCAUGGUUGAAGAUAAUUAUCCUGAAACUCUUAGGAUAGCUUUUGUUAUUAAUGCUCCAAGAAUAUUCCCUGUGAUAUUUCAUCUAGUCAAACCGUUCCUAGCUGAAGAAACUGCUAAAAAAAUCCAUAUCUUUGGAAGUAAUUACAAAGAAGAAUUGUAUAAGUAUAUAGACAAGGACCAGUUACCUAGCCACUGGGGUGGAACUUGUGUAGAUCCAGAUGGUGACCCAAAGUGCAGGUCAAAGAUCUGUCCGGGAGGAGUAGUGCCAAAAGAGUAUUAUAGGAAAUAUGAUUUAGAGGCAGAGAAUUUAACCUCAGUAGAUGUGGGAAGAGGAUCUUCAUUACAAUUAGAUUAUACUGUCAGAGUUCCUAAUUGUAUUAUACGAUGGCAGUUUUCUACAGAAGGGUUUGAUAUAGGAUUUGGUAUAUAUAGAAGGACCAAAGAUUCCAGACAGAAGGCCGGUGAAAUGGAGGAAAUAUUCCCCUCCCAGAGAGUCAAUAGUCACUUGAUACUAGAGGAUGGCAGUAUAGUUUGUAGUAAGGCAGGGACAUAUAUUAUUAGAUUUGACAAUACUUACAGUUGGACCAGGAGUAAAACAAUUCGAUAUUUAAUAGAAGUUCUGGAACCAGAGGAUGGCUAUAGUAUACCAGGGUCAUCAAGUAGUCAGUCUAUAUCAAGCCAGAAUUAGUUUCCUGGAACUUAUGUAACAAAUAAUCUUACAAUUACAAUUGAUCUCAAGUUAUACAGUGGACUCUUUUUAAUUGCAUACCAGUUAAUUGCAUAACCAUGUUAAUUGCAUAAUCCUGUUAUUUGCAUAUCUAUUAAUUACAUAAUCAGUUAUUUGCAUAAAAUUUCCUUCCUAUCUUUUUUAUGUUGUAAAUCCAAUAUUUUAAUUUCAUAGGUUAAAAAAUAAAUCCUUGUUAAUUGCAUAAAAAAAUUAAAGACGAUAAUACAAAGUGUACCAUUGUGGGCAAAAUUAAAGUUAUUUGCAAUGUUACUAAUAAGGUAAACAAGGAUAGAAAAAAGUCAAAAUAGUGUUUACAUUAAAAAAAGAUGUAUAACAAUUUAAUGUCUUUUGUUUGUUAAUAGUAUUGACAUCAAGGGGACUUAAUUGGUGUCUCAAGAGUUUAUUCUUAAUGUUAUACUGUGGAUUCAUUUAUUUUCGUGGGUACCAAUUUUCGUGGAUUAUAGAAAUCUUACAUGUUCGUGGAUAUUUAAUUUCGUGGUUUUGCCGAAGUCUGCAUACAAUCCUAUAGAAAAUUUGUUAUUCGUUGAACAUUUAAUUUCGUGGUUCACCUGUACCCACGAAAUCAACGAAAAUUUGUAUUCAUUGAAUAAUAAUGAAUCCACAGUACAUAGAAUUACUUCUGUAAAAGCUAAAGAGUAUCUUUAUAUUUCACUCUAUCAAAUUUAUCAUAAUUGUAUAAUAUCUUGUGACACUUUGGCUAUGAAAUUAAGAGGAAUCCACUGUAUUAUAUUGUUCAUAACUUGGCAUGUAUAUUCACUUGUAAGUUUCUUUGUGAACAGAGUCAUUUGGUGUUAGUUAUAAGCUAGAUUAAGUGUUCAAGACAAUUGUUCAGCUCAUUUUAUUAAUGUUGAUUUUAAGCCUCUGUUUGUUAGGUAUCAAUGUUAAAACUAAUGAAAGAUUUCUGUAAUGGUAAACCUGGAUUUGACCAUUAUAAUUUCUUUAUUAUACAUGUUAUACAGUCAAGCCUGCUGUAAAGGUUGCCUCUAUUGAACAAAAUCCUGUUUUGUAAUUCCACCCUCUUAUUGUCACGCUAUAGUAAUACCUUUAUAGCAUUUUGAACCUCAAUUUAAAGGGCACCUCUCUUAUAAGGACAGUUUUAUCUGUCCUUAGGGUGACCUUGAUAUACAGGUUGACUGUAAAUAGUAAUUUUAUUUUGGUGUCAAAUUUUGCUUUUAUUUUAGAUGAGCAAAAUCAUAUUUUUUGUAAGAAAUAUACAGGUUUCUGACAUUUGACCUACUUAUUUUUGGAUGCCAGGUUUCGCUUUGGAUGAUUAGUUUUUUAUGUAAUCAGUCACUACUGUUUUGAAGUUAAGACACAUUGAACUUUUUCACUUUACACUUCAUUUUUUCUCACUUCAAUAAUACUCAUGGCAAAAAAUCAAACACUUUUAACCAUCAUAUUUUUACAGUAGUUUUAAAUAAAUAACUCAAUGUCUUUCAUUCUCUCUAUCUUAUCGAAGGCAUGGAUAAAAACUGUGAUUAAAAGUUGGUUUUGUAAAUACAACCCACCUAGGUUUAAGAAUUAGGAGUUCUAACCUUCCCGUGUAUAUUUUUUUUACCUAUAAUAAGGUACUCCCCCUCCCUCCCAGUAUACAAAAUGCAAUAAGGAAUAACAACAUUUUCAUUCUUCAUUUCAAAAAAAUAUUGUACAUCAAAAUUAUGGAAAAAUUAGGAUAGUUCUAUGUGCUAGUUUUUUUAAAGAACAUGUCCAAGAAUUUGAAAAAGUAGAAUUUUCAGCAGGAAACAGGUUUUUUUUUUAUUUUAUAUAUGAAAUGUAAGGGAAGAUAUUAAUAUUAAAUUGUAUGUAAAAAUGAGAUAUAUUUAUAAUAAGCAAUUUAAAAAACAAAAUGGUGUGUGAUAUUUAAGAGGAUCUGGAUGGGUGUACAUCAUUUUUGUAUUCUUUAAUUUUUUUAGACUAGUAUUCUCUGUUUUUACCCACUAUUCUCUAUUCUGUAAACCCCAUACAGACCCUCGUGUAAGUAUUUUAAGAAUAUGAAGAAAUAUAGGGGUUGCUGAGGGAAAAUAUAUAAUAUAUAGCAUAUGUAAAAGCCAGUGGGGAUACAUAUAUAUUGAGGAAAAGUUGUAAACUUUGAAAGCAAAAAGGUUUAAUUUUGCUGACAUGUUUUGACAGUUAAAGACCCCAAAUGUAAUAUGACUCUUACUUCAUAAUUGAAAAGCCUGUUAUUUUGUUUGUUCUCAGUUUAAAAUCAUACUUUGGUUCAUUAUUAUUCAUUAUGUACCAAAUCUUUGUUGUUUUUGUGGAAAUAGGUAUACCACAAAUUAAAAUUUUCGGCGGAGUGAAAAUUUUCUGAAGGCAUAUAAGCAGAGUUUGGAAAACCACUAAAUCAAAUAUCCAUGGAAAUGCAUUUUUUCCUCAAUCUCUAAAAAUUUGCAUCUACAAAGUAACUGAAUCCAUCGUACUUUGACAUCAUAAAUUCCAUUGACGUUAUGUUUUUUUGCGUCAUAAAAUAAUCAAUUUUCCCUUUUUUAUCUUUAAGUUAGCUGAUCAUAUAAUUCAAAAUAACAUAUGCAUACAUCAAAAUGCUGAUUGAAUCAUUUUAAUUUACUGUCUCACAUUAUCAGUAUUAUUGUGCGGACUGACGGUAAAGCUGAAGUGACACAUUAGGAUCACUUCUAUUGUCUUGAAUCGUCAUUUAACAGAUUUUUAUACAGGACAUCAAGUUGUGAACCUGCUUUUUUAAUAUUUUACUUUUGUGAUAAUUGUUUGGAAAUAAUUAAUUUCUUAAAGAGGUCUCUCAAAUUGUCCCUCAAACUGUCAAUAAUGACAUUAUUGUGACAUCACAACUACGAAAAUAUUAAUUUUUUCCAGACUUUAACCUCUGAACAAAGAUUACAGUAGAGGUAAACAAAGGUAAAAAAAUCUUUCUUUUUUCCUGAAUAUCAGAAACAGGCCCUGAUGAUCCUAAUUCCUUUUCAUGAAUUCUAAACUUUAAUUGCAAUGAAUCAAAAUCCAUGACAUAUUUAAUUAAUAUUUUUUAUUCUUUAUAUUACAUAUUCUUUCAACAAUUUUGGGAUAUUUAUGUUUUAUGUUUUGAAUAAUUGAAUGAGAUUCAAUCAAAAAGAUUGAUGGUAAUGUUUUGUUAUGUAUUAUGUUGUUUGUUAAUGUCUAUAGAGCUUUUGAUUUAAUUGAUAAGAUGUAUUUGUUAUUUAUACUUUAUUGUAAUGGUUUUUUUUUCUUCUUAAAAUUUAGACAAUACGAUUGACCAGUCAAGUCAAUGGACACAGGACUUGAAACUUAAGAAAUAACAGUACUGUAUUUGAAGAGUUGUUACCUUCAGUUUGGGAUUAUACAGUCACAAGUGCAGUUUCACAGAGCUAGUUAAAUAGAUAUUUGCAACCAUCAAUUCCCAAAUUAACAGUGGCAACUUUUCAUAUAUUGUACUGUUUUUCCUAUUUUAAUACAAAAGUUUUAAAUGCUCAUAAUAAAACAUUUAAAAAAAUACCUCAAACAUUAACUGCAUUUGCGCAUGGUUAUUGAAAAUAAUUGGACCAUCAACCAUGUAAUUGACGA